GUAGAUGGCGAUGUUGCGCGCGUCUUCAUUGGCGCCUCAGAAGGACAGAGCCUAUUAAUCGUGGUUAAGCAGCUUUGCUUUAUUUUUUGCUCAGACCCUCCUAAUGCCAUCGAUUCUCAAAAAGUAAAAUAUACACAAACUGUUUUAUGAAUUUCAAAGCUGAGAUUUCAGACUGUGGUACUCAUUUGCGAAUCGUAAGGCCGUUUAACUGCAGGAAUUCGCCGCAGACAGGCUCACGUUAGUCAGCCGCUUCACAAACAUGGAUCAGCGCGACUCGACGUUUGGAGUGCAGCUCUUCAUUUAUGAUCUGUCGAGGGGAAUGGCACGACAGCUCAGCCCGAUAAUGUUAGGAAAACAGCUUGAUGGGAUUUGGCACACAUCUAUUGUGGUCUAUGGAGAGGAGUUCUUUUAUGGUGGUGCUGGGAUCUCUAGUUGCCCUCCGGGUGGUACAAUGCUCGGACCUCCAGACACAGUGGUGGAGCUGGGAAACACUGAGGUGACCGAGGAGAUCUUUAUGGAUUAUCUGUGCUCACUUGGAGAGACAAUAUAUAGUGGUGACAAAUACAGAUUGUUUGAACACAACUGUAACACGUUCACUAAUGAGUUGGCCCAGUUUCUCACUGGCAAUAAAAUUCCCUCCUAUAUCACAGAUCUGCCCUCUGAAGUGCUCUCCACGCCAUUUGGUCAGGUGUUACGGCCAAUCCUGGACUCAAUACAUAUUGCCCCUCCAGGAGCAAACGUGAUCAGCAGCCAAAAUAAUCAUAGCUAGAUCAGCAUUGUAAUCUCUUGCACACACACACACCUACACAUGCAAUAAUACACACAUACGCUGUUUACACACACACAUUAGCUCCGUUGUAAAAUAAAUCAUUUAAAAACACCUCAUUCAAGAGCAAAUUUCCUCAGUUCUGGGCCAUAUUCAGAGUUGCCCAGAUAUUUCGAUACAGUUUUGCUUAGUGUUUCAUUCACAAGGUCUGGGUCAUUCUUUCCAAAUCACUGAUGGUUCAUAUUUUACAGUGUUGACUUCUUGGUUUCUUUGGUUCUCAUUUUAAUAUGUACAGUAUCUUUAUUUUCUUUAUCUCUGCAGCCCACCACAUGCAAAGGUCAUAUGUUGUUUGUUGUUGACAAUCCAACUUUUUCCCUGUUGUUAGUUUUGAUUCCUUUCGUAUCAUUUAAUACUGUUUUUCCCCAAUAAUAUGUCUGUUGAUAUGUCUAUUAAUAUUGGCAGGCCAAAAGUUAAAAGACUAUCUUUAAUUUUAGCAACAUACAAUAUUUUUAUUUAUUAUUGUGUGUGAUUUUGUGGAUAUGUGCUAUAAUAUGACUUAUAAUAUAUGAUAUAUAAUAUGAUACAAUCUGCAGAAAUUACUGAAUGUGGCUCAGAUUCAGAGAGAAAUAUAUGUAUCUGUGCCUUUGUCGUGCCAGGUUGGGCACAAGUAACAUUUUUAACUAAACUAACUGUAAAGUACAUAUUAUUUAUACAUAUAAUGCUUAAGGUAGACAUUGUCUCUUCCAUUUAUAUAACCAGCUUUUAUUUGUGCUUUACAAUGAUUUUUAUUUUCAUGAAAGGAAAGUUUGCUGCUGUUGUGAAUGUUAUAUGGUUGACAGUGCAUGUUUGUUAUUGGUAUUUAUUGACAUAUUCCUAUUUUAAAAUGCAUUUAUUGAGGACAAAUGAUAAUGCAAUAUUCAGAGAUGUUAAAUGAAAGACUAUUGCCACUCUUA